UGAAUAAACACGCCGCCGAGCACGAGCCAACCACUGAAGAAACCCGUCUCGAUCUAUCCACCGGUCUUUCAUUUCUCUUUCUUCCUGUCAGUCGCACCGGACAGUGUAUAUCUGGAUCGCAUCCUCCUCGCGUUGACGCACGCAGCCGCAGCUGCAGCCGCCGCUACCGCAGCUGUCGCAGGCAGGGACACUACUGAAGAAGGUGAUGCUCACCGUCCAGAGUUGCAGCAAAAAACAAGUAGCAUUGAACGCAACAGCCUGCAUACCGAUGUUCUCCCUGCUCCUCUUCAUUUUCUAUUCACUUCAGACGAUCUUCCUCAACAACAAACCUCUUGCCAUCACGAUAGCAUCCUCUAGAUCAUUGCAUGAGAUCGACUCCAAUUCUAAGCCUGUUAACGGGCUUCAAAAUUCAUCGUUGGAGGUUAUUGCUAACCCGAGUGCCAGCAAGGUAGAAACUGAACAACAGAUGGAAGGCAGCACUCAAAAGAAUGCGACGUCUGGGUGGAGCAUUGUGAAGGAGGAGCUGACAUUUUCAGCUGGGAGUGCCCCUUUCAGUAGCUGCCACGCUUCCACCAUUGUAGAGAUUGGGAAAGACAACUUUUUGGUGGCUUAUUUUGGUGGAUCCAAGGAAGGUGCUCCGGAUGUCAGAAUCUGGUUGCAGAGAUACAGUGAUGGUCACUGGCAUUCUCCAGAAGUUGCUGAUGAGCAAGAUGGGGUGCCCAUGUGGAAUCCUGUACUAUUUCAGCUCCCCUCUCAUGAGCUGCUCCUCUUCUAUAAGAUUGGUCAGGAAGUUCAGAAGUGGAGUGGUGCCAUGAAAAGAUCGCUGGAUGGUGGCAUAUCCUGGUCAGAGAGAGAGCAGCUACCGCCUGGUAUUCUUGGCCCUAUUAAGAACAAGCCUUUCCUGCUUGAAGAUGGUCGCCUACUAUGUGGGUCGUCAGUAGAAAGCUGGAACUCUUGGGGUGCAUGGCUGGAGGUCACAAAAGAUGCUGGCAGGACAUGGCGGAAGUACGGUCCUAUAUACAUAGAAGGUGAAACACUUGGGGUGAUUCAGCCAGUUCCAUACCAAACUGCCAAUGGGACAAUUCGGAUGCUUUUGCGAUCUUUUGAGACAAUUGGCCGUGUUUGCAUGGCCGAUUCUGCUGAUGGUGGUGUGACAUGGAGUUACGCGCACAAGACUGAGCUUCCUAAUCCAAACUCUGGGAUCGAUGGAGUUAAGAUGAAGGAUGGAAGAAUACUAGUUGCCUACAACACUUUCUCCAGGGGCAUACUUAAGAUUGCAGUCUCCAGGGAUGACGGUGAUUCAUGGAACGAGGUAAUGACACUAGAGGACACGAAAGGUAUGGAGUUCUCAUAUCCUGCGGUAAUCAAGACCAUGGAUGAGCUCGUACAUAUUACAUACACAUACAACCGGACGCAGAUUAAGCAUGUCGUUCUUCGACCUAGUGGGACGGUGAAAUUGUAAGUCUGCGACUACUGGGAGACUCAUGGUAGCAAUCCAAAGCGCUUCAAUUCAUCCUCGCCUACUUGGUUUGACCAUUGCAUCAGCUUAUGUUUGCUCGUGAAAUAAUUGGUUGCUACUGCAACCCAAUAAAUAAUUUUACAGGAUGAUCGUAGUAAAUGUAAUUGUAUGAACAAAUGCAUAUGGGAUCGGCGACUUAGCAUAAGGCUUCCUUAUACGGCAGUUAUUUCCCUUCAUUUUUUUGUUGGGUGAACCAAAAUACAUUGUUCUUUUCCCCCCUCAAACCUUUGUUCUCUUGGUCAUGUUUGUCACUGUGAUGCAACUUCCAACAAAUAAAGUACUAACUGUUAUCACCGUAAA